AUAGCUUUUUGUCUGUGGUGUUUGGUUUUUCGGUCAUCAUUUUGGUUCGACUGUUGAAAAAUAAUUUAUUGAUCGAGUCACGCUCUUAUCACUAAUGGGUUGUUGGUUAUCUUAGUAAAAAAUAAUUACUGUUACUACAUUGAGUACACGGUGAUAUUGUUUACGGGCUACGGCUAACAUAAUUCAAAAUGAACAAGAAGUAUUCUCCAUCAGAACUGUACGAACUUUACAAGAAGUGGGUGAUCAGCAACCCCAACGUUGUGACCGAUGUUGAGACGGUGGCAACAUGGUCGUCUUACUUCGUCGCCGGUAAGAUAAACAAAUCACCAAUCGUAUCCGAGUUCGUCUACGCGGUGUCCAAACUUCUUGCUCUAUUCAACGAUAGACUCAUUAGAGAAGCCUACGGCAAUGAAGUUCAGUAUUACGGGCUGCGGGAACAGAUAAAGAUAUGGCUGACCGUGAUUCACUAUUGUGAAGUGCUUGUUGAACUGGUGGUCAAGCACAAGUACAGCUCCCGAGCUAAAUGGACAGUGGCUACUCUUCUACAGCUGUUCAAGUGCUCCUCGGCGCUCAUUCUCCUGUACAAGUAUAAAGAGAUGCCGAUAUCGCACCCGCCCAUCCCUAUGCUGCAGAGGAAAAAAUUCACAGAGGGCAAAGAGACAGACGAGAACUCCAAUGCAUUCUUCACUCUACGGAGGUCGGGCCGAGUGGUGCGCCGUGUCGAGGGCGCGCCGCCGGUGUCGUUCCGCGACUGGCAGCCCAUUAAAAUCAAAGAAGACCAUCCCAACCCUAACAUCAAUCUCAAAGAUCUAAUGUACGCUGAGACUCUUCAUUUGCUAAAACCCCUCAUACAUCUUGCUGCCAUGAGAGUAUUUGGCUCAAAGGCAUGGAAGCAAUGGUUCAUUGCUCUCGGACUUGACUUGGCAAGUAUGAAGCUAUACAACAGACAUGUAAACAAUUUGCCAUAUGAACAAAGAAUAGAAAUAAGCCGUAGGAAGUUAGGAAUGAUUCUGUACUUGCUAAGGAGUCCCAUGUACAACGGUUACUCGCAGAGAGUUAUUGAGGGUUCUCUUACAUCCCUUUCAAAGUCCAUCCCACUGGCUUCAUUCAUUGUUAGUCCAAUUAUACAAUAUUUGAAUCAUUGGCAAGAAAUCUACUUCUAUAUGUGGGCUUCAUAAAUCAAUUUAUCCGUUAUUAGUGUUGUAAAUGGUGGUUUUGUUAGUAUUUAAUCCAAGUUCAGGGGAUACAUUUUAUAAUCUAUCAUUUUCAUAAUUCCACUGCAUAUGUUUUGAUAACAUUCGCCAAAUUCAUAUCUCUUCAAAUGAUGUUUGUAUUACUUUGAAAGAUUUUAUGUAUAUAAUUUCAUUAAACAAUUUUGUGUACCUGCAACAUUUUUAGUUUGGUAUCUUCUGUGUUAAUACAUAUGUUUAGGGUUGUGUUGGUAGUUUAUUUAUACCAACCUUUGCUGUGCAAAAGUCUCCCUUCAACAUAACAUUCCUCUUUAAGUUAUUAUAAGCGAAAGUGAUUCUACUAGUGUGAGAGCAGGAGGAAUUUUUUUUCAUUGAACCUUUGUUUUUGUGUAACCCUUGAAAAUAUACCUAUGCCUGUCACCAUUAUGGUGAUUAUGGUGUUAUUAUAAUUCUACUAAUUUUCAAUACAAAAACACAUUUUAUUUACCUAUACAGUAGAAUCUCGAUUAUCCGGACUUCGAUUAUCCGGAUAUCCGAUUAUCCGGACUCAUUCUUCAUGGUUUCUAAUUACCGAUUCAGGAUCUGGACCCAUAAAAACCGAAGGCGCCGCCAACGUAACAUAGUACGGACGUCUUUUUGGUUCAUUGUUAAAAGAAAUGGAUGUCCAAAUUGUCCAAUGGUCUAAAAUUUAGAUUUUUAGACUCUAAAAUGAUGUAUUGAAAACCCUUUCUGUUGUGUGUAAAAAGUUAAUUAUUGUUUGAUUUUACUUUGGAAUCGAUUAUCCGGAUUUUCGAUUAUCCGGACCACCCCUGGUUUUAAUUGAUCCGGAUAAUCGGGAUUCUACUGUACAUUAUCUUAUAUGCUGAGCGAUUAGACAUUUGUAAAAAUUGUGUAUGUUAUAAAAUAUUGAUUCAAUUAACUCCAACAUUUAUUAUUUGAAUCUGGAAGUGUGAGAAAGUGAUAUUUCAAAUAUUUUAUCAAUAACAACGUUGAAUCUUUAAAUUAUAUGUAACAAUAUUAUUUAACCAGAGGUCAAAAACUUGCAAUUUAACAAAAAUAUUGACAAUUUUGACAAGGUUUGUUUGUAUCCCUGUUAUAAUUAACUAUGUAAAAUAUACAUACAUAAUUUACACAUGUUUAUUUACAUAUUACAUAAAAUGUAUUGGCACUGGCUAUGCUAUAACAAACAGCGAAUGCAGGUACUAUGUUACCAUGUUUAGUAUUGCAAUGUUUAUGUUUUGAAUAGCGAAAAUAUUAUUUUUGUAGAACUUUCAAGCUUUUUUGGCAAGUCAGAGACAAGACAAACAAACGGAGGUUAGGACGAUAAUUAUGUUAUUUUUUUAUGGGUGAUGGAAUUGUGCUGGUAUUGCGUAAGAUUCAUCGAGCUGUAGGCUAAGUUUAUACAGAUAUGCAUUGUAGACAAUAUUAAUAAAGCCUUUGUUAUUGAAAAAUAUUUCUUUUUUAUAAUUGAACAAUACAAAAUGUAUGUUUAGGUAUGUAGUACUUAUUAUUAUUCUGUGGUUUAGGUUACCUACAUUAAACUGCAAUUUGAUGAUGACUGGACUGCUAAAGACCAUUAGAGUAUAAUUACAAUAAAUGAAACCUGUAUAAAAAUCUUGUUUAAGUGACAUUGAAUACGAAAAUAUACAAGCUCCAUUGCACAUCUUGUACUCAUUCAUGUGAUAGUUAUGACAUUUUUAUAUAGAUUUUUACUUUUUUAUGUUGUAAGUCAACUACACUCGGCAUCAAAUAAAUCGCACCUCCCGCGACAAGCACUUAUCAAACGUAUGCAUCCCCACUUCCCACCAACAUUGGUACCAUUUGAAAGCCUAGUUCUAAACUUCAUUUCAUUAAAGGAAAGGUUUUUACCCCAAAAAUGUGUCUUUACAAGGAUCCAGAGUCACUUCUUCAAAAAAUAGGUAGUUACGCUAUAGCCAUUUUUUAUGACUAUAAAACUUAAUUUGGGAUUAAUUGGGAUUAAUCGCUAUCCAUCUGUUAAAGAGGACACGUGAGAUCUUUAUUUGGUUUUAUAACCAUAAAAAUUGGUCUAAUUGAUCCCAAAAGUGAGCCCAAAGUGAGGUCUAUUUUCAAGUCACAUUUAUGGUAUAUGUUAAUCAUUUAUUUAGAAAUGAAAUGUUUUUUCUUUAAGGAUAUUUAUUGGGCUUUCAAAUAACACCAAUAUUGUUGGGGUACCAUGAUUGUGUCAGAAGAAAAUCUUUAAAGUUCGCGUCGCGGAAGGUGCGGUUUAUUUGAUGUUGAGUGUAUUUCACAUAGAAUCCCAUUCAUUAUUCGAAUUUCUGUCUGUGUGUUGAUACCAUAUCAUAAUGGUAUAGUAAUAGAUAAUGCGAGGGAAUGAUUUUUAUUUUUACACAAUAGUAACAAAUGAAUGUACGUACAGCAAUAAAUAAACUCAUCAAAUAUUUACAUAAUUACAGAAGAUUAAAAUGUGAUUAAUUUGCAUUUUCUGACAUGUUUUUUUGUGAUUAUUGUUCAAUUAGAAUUAUCAUAAUCAUUACAGUCUGCAUUCUGCAAUCUAUUUGUACGAACUUUGUUAUUAUUUAAGUACAUACGACACCUACCUAUGUAACCGUUAGUACUUUUUUACUUGUCAUGUUAUUCUAAGGGACAGUGGUAUAUAAUAAAAACAUUCUUAAUUCA